GUGGUGAAGCCAGGCUCGGAGAAUUAAGAAACUUUCACAAAGACACUGUCAUGGAUUAAACAUCUGUCAACUUGGCUAGGUCCUGGUUCCCAGUAUUGUAUGGUUGUCUACCAUUUUGUCAGCUGAUGUGAUUUCCCUACGCGUUGUAACUCCUAUCACUGUGAUGUUAAUGAGAUGGAUUAGCAGCAGUUAUAUUGAUGAGAUCUAUAAGAUUAGAUAGUGUCUUAAGCCAAUCUCUUUUGAGAUAAAAGAGAGAAGCAAGCAGAGAGACAUGUGGACCUCAUACCACCAAGAAAGCAAUACCAGGAGCAGAGCAUGUCUGUUGGACCUGAGGUUCCUGUUCAAAGAAGCUCCUAGAUCACAGGAAGAUUGGUGAUCAAAGACCUUCCUCCAGAGUUGACUAGAGAGGAGAAAGUCUUCCCCUGGAGCUGGCACCCUGAAUUUGAACUUCAAGCCUACUGGACUGUAAGAGAAUAAAUGUCUGUUUGUUAAAGCCAGCCACUUGUAGUAUUUCUGUUAUAGCAGCGCUAGAUAACUAAGACAGACACAUAGCAGAUCACAAAGCUGGGGUUUUAAGCACAGGUCUGGAAGAAGACAAAGCCUGCAUGCUUAACCCCUACUCUGUCCAGCUUCCGAUACCCACGCUUAGGGCCACUCCGCCCCCAUGGGCAGGCUGAACAGCUGACCCUGGCCAGAAUGUGGACCAGUCCUGAUCCAAUCAAGGGCUAUGCUUCUGUCUCAGCCCUAUGACACAUAUGAUGCCUUGAGCCAGGUCCAGAACUUGGGUCCCUGACUCAUCUCCUGUGUUCCUGACCAGAUCCUUUCAUUGAACCUGCAAUCCUAUGUUACCUUGGCUGGGCCACCAUCUGCUGCCAGCCUGACUUGAUGUCUGCCUGCUUGGGACCUAAUCUGAUCCCCACCACACACACACAUCUGCAGGAUGUCCUGCCCUGGAAAGGGAAAUCAUUGACCCUGAACAGGAAUUGAGAGCUUCAACUUAAAAAAUAUGAGAUGCUGAGAAUAGAAGAACUGCCUAGCUGCAAGUGUCAGAGACUCGUGGUCCAAAUACAAGGAGAGAGGCAGGGCUGGGCAAGGGCUUUUCCAGAUUGAGCUGAUGGUGUGCCCUGAUAGAGCUUGAGUUGUCUCAGCUUUGAAAGGCCAGUUCCUAGCCACAUACACCCUUCCCCAGUCUAGCACUAGGUAUUGGUGCUGACCGUGGUCCUGGCAAGAAUCUGGUGCUUCCCUAGUCCCUCAGGUUAGCUAGAGUGAGGAUGGGAGGGUCAUGGGGGAUCUGAAAGAGUGAGGACUCUCACAACUGAAGGUCUUGAUUUAUUCCUAGGGAAGAAGAGGGGAGAAGAAGUGUGCAUUGAGGAGGGUGAAUAUUUGGAACAGCUACUACGGAGAGUUUACUAGGGAACACUCAGGAAUUCAGAAAAGGAUUUCCCAGAAGCUGUGAGGUCUCAGUCAAUGUUAGACAUCAGGAGUUUGUCAGUGUCCAGUCAUGCUUCCAGGUCUGGGGCUUUCCCCAGCAAUGCUCACCAUCAUAUCCAGGGACACUGAGAUUCCAAGAGGCCUGAGGUCUUCAGCACAGUGACUGGCACAUAUACGGUGGUUGACUGAAUGCAUGCACAAGUUAACGGCAGGGUUCAGUGGAAUGAUAGAGGGGAAAGAUCUCUGUGCCCAAAUGUGAGGAAGUGGGUAUCACUGACCUCUUAGUUAGCAAAGGGAAAAGGAAGGACCCUGGACUUGGGAGAUGGGCAGUGCAGCAACGUUCCUUCCAUCAGCUGGUGACCUGAUAAACUACCUGUGGUACAUCCAUGCAGUGACUAUUACUCAGCAAUAAAAAGCAAUUAAUUACUGAGAAGUACAACUUCAUCCAUGUUGAAUGCAUUAUGAUAAGUGAAAGAAGCCAGGUUCAAAAGGCUAGAUGCUGUAUGAUUCUAUUUAUAUGACCUUCUAGAAAAGCCAAAGCUAUAGGAACAGAAGUCAGAUUGGUAGUUGCCAGAGCCUGAAUUGGAGAGGAGGAUAUUGACUAAAAGGAGCACAAGGGAACCACUUGGGCUGAUGGAAAUGUUGCUACACAGACGUAUGAGUUUAUCAAAUAUCAUAAAACUGGACAUCUACAAGGGAUGAAUUUUUCUGAAUAAACCCGAUGUUUCUUAAAAGAAAAAAAAAAGACCACGGAAGAGCACCUGUAGAGUGAUCCUCAGGUGGCCCCAGGCCCCUCAUUCUCCAGACUCAUAAGUCAAGGCUGGGCAGUUGGUAUUAUAAGUGAAGAACUGUCUUAUGUUCACCAUUAAUUCCCCAUCUCCAAAGACACUGUCCACAUGGUAGAUGCACAGUAAAUAUGAGUAAAUAAAUGAAUAAAAGAACAAAUAAGUGAAUGCUUGGAGGAGACUAACCAAACCAAACCAGUCGCCUUUGAGUCAACACCAACUCACGGUGACCCCACGCAUGUCAGAGUACAGCUGUGCUCCAUAGGGUUUUCGGUGGCUAAUUUUUUGAAAGCAGAUUUCCAAGCCUUUCUUCCUAGGUGCCUCUGGGUGCACUCAAACCUCCAAGCUUCCAGUUAGCAGCUGAUCGCAUUAACUGUUUGCACUACCCAAAGUAGACACCGAUAAUCUGCAGGACUCUGCAGAAUCCUUCAGCCUCUCCUGCUACUACCCCCAGCACAACUCACUUCCCUGACUCUCAGAAUUUCUUCAAACCUCCACCCUUCAGCAGCCCUGGUGAUGCAAUGGUUAAGAGCCCAGCCACUAACCAAAAGGUUGGCAGUUCGAAUCCACCAGCCACUCCUUGGAGAUCCUAUGGGGCAGUUCCACUCUGUCCUGCAGGGUCACUAUAAGUCAGAAUCAACUGAUGGCAAAAGGCUUUUGUUUUUCUCCACCGCCCACCCACUGCACCCCAACUCACUGGGGUCAUGUCACACCUCUGUGCCUUUACACCUGAGGAUCCCUGUGCUGCAUCACCUUUCACAGGGACCCCUACCUGUGAAAAAAACACACCCUCCACCCAGAACUCCAGGAAAUAUUCUUUCCUGUCCUGUUCCAUAAGAUGGUUGGGAGCUGAAGGUGUUUGUGUGCACAAAAGUAAUGCCAGUGCACGUAUGUGUUCACAAGAGGUGAACAACUGUUCAAAGAAGGCUAAACCGUGGGCAGGAAAUUCCAGGUGGGGGGAGAAAACUCUCCCUCAUAACAGCAGAUUUUCCCUGCUAAGAUAAUAAAUAGUAAUAGUUAAUAUUUGUUGAGUGCUAACUGUGAGUCAGGUCCUUUUCUAAAGCAGUUUACCUGUAGAAAUUAAUUUGAUUUUCCCAAUAACUCUAAACACUAUCAGUUCCCCACUUUAUAGGUAUGGGAAGGAGACCCAGAGGGGUUGUUGGCUUGUGUUUACACACGCAGGAAGUGAGCAAGGAAGGAUUGAAAGCCAGGCAGUCUGGCUCCAAGGUCAUGCUCUUAACUGUUGCCACAUUAAGAGGUGUGGUGUCCAGGGGGACAGAGUAGAGGGGCUGGGUAAAGGGCUUGACCUCAGAGACAGCCGCUGCUCUCCAUCCUGCGUAAGGCUGGAACUAGAGGACGGCUCAGUGGCUGCAGGAGGGUGUGAACGCAGCAGUGAGGCUUGUGUCCCUGGACUAGGCUCUGCAGGAAGACCAAGGGCCUUGGACCCUGACCAGCCCCAGUCUGGGGGGCCCACUCGGGUUGGCACGGAAGGAUGUUUGAGGGAAAACAAGAUCUUGCACAAGGCACCCCGCAUCUGCCCUCGCCCAGAGAAGAACGACAUGGAACCUCUCCGGCUGCUCCUUCUGCUUUCUGUCACAGGACUGUCCCGAGCCCACAACACCACGGUGUUCCAGGGUGUGGAGGGCCAGCCCCUGCAGGUCUCCUGCCCCUACGACUCCUCGAAGCACUGGGGGAGGCGCAAGGCCUGGUGCCGACAGCUGGGUGAGGAGGGCCCUUGCCAGCGGGUUGUCAGCACUCACCGCUCAUGGCUGCUGUCCUUCCUGAAGAGGCAGAAUGGGAGCACAGCCAUUACAGAUGAUAUCCUGGGUGGCACACUCACCAUUACGCUGCGGAACCUUCAAGCCCAUGAUGCUGGGCUCUACCAGUGCCAGAGCCUCCGUGGCAGUGAGGCCGACAUCCUCAGCAAGGUCCUGGUGGAGGUGCUGGCUGACCCUCUUGACCCCUGGGUCCCCAAGGAAUCGGAGAGCUUUGAGGAGGCCCAAGUGGAGCACAGCAUCUCCAGGAGCUUCUCUGAAGAGGACACUCCCUUCUCACGCACUUCCAUCCUUCUCCUCCUGGCCUGCAUCUUUCUCAGUAAGCUUCUAGUAGCUGGCGUCCUCUGGGUUGCAGCCUGGCGUGGGUGGAAUCUGAGGACACCCCUAGCCAGUGGGCUCAACCAUGACCAUGACCCAGGGUACCAACUCCAAACCCUGACAGGGCUGAGAGACCCCUGAGAAGACAGGAGUCCAGAUGGGAGGAGAGCCCUAGGAGAAGUCCAGCCAGGGAUCAGCCCAUCUGUACACUCACCCCCUCAGCCACCAAGACUUUUGGUUCUGCCCUGGCAAGAGACCACCCUGACUGCACCCUGCUUCCCUGGAUCCCUGGGAGCAGGGACUUCUUGGGGAGAGGAGUGUGAAGGACAUUGGACAUUAAACACUCUCACAAAUCAA